AUGCACGCGACGAGCAUUCCGCGCGUCGACAAGAUGGAGACGGCCAAUUCUCUUCCCCCACAAUCGCAAUCAUAUCACCUAGACGAAGGCCAGAUCCAUUUUACGCCAGUUAAAUCUACCAACGUUCCCCGUAUAUGGGAUCGCAAACCUUCAACCUCGUUCCUGGCACGCUCCAAGCCGCGUAAAGUGUGGAAGCGCUUUCGUUCAUCAUUCAACAGCAUGAAGGCGUUGCAGCAGUUGAUCACUCCCGACGCUAGCCGUCUGAUGGAGAGCGAUCUCCUGCUCGAGAUCAACGCGGGGCGAAGCACUGAAAAUUGUCGCGGUGUCAAGCGACAAUGCCUUGCCACUCGAAAAUCAUCUGUGGAAGAUGAGGACAGCGAAGCAUCCAAUGCGCGAGGCAGGUCUUUUCUUGAGACCAAAUGGGAGUCGGAGGUCUCACGGAAACGACGCAAGCUUCCUGCAACUACAAACCACUUGGGCGAACAUGUGAUUGUUGAUGGGGCGCAAACUGUGGAGGAUGAUGAAAUGACCGAGAUCGGGGACGCUCCGGGUGGGACCACGUCAAACACCGAUAGUGCUGUGCAGGAACCUGAGGAAACCGGCGAAUCCCCGACACUUACCCCGGACCGCGCUGAUAUCGGGGCAGCCUAUCCCGAUGCGCUACCUGGUGAGCCUGGGCGCCUACCAAACCACGAACGUGGGGUGAUUGUGAACAUAAAAUCCCUCAACGCCAACGACCAAGAGGAAGUUCGUGCCCUUGUCUCUCAAGACGCUGCAGACGGCGCAGCCGCGACCGACGAUGCACCAGAUGUAGAGACGGCAGCCGAUAAACAGCUGGCAUCGGAUGUAGCUACGAUUGCUUCAAGCGCGGAGAACCAGGACAAUAUGGCAGUUCCGGUAGAACUGACGGCCGAGCAAGAAUCGACCCUUGUUCGAUCGGCUCUGCGCAGCUCUCUAGACGGCGAUGAUACCGCAUUGCUGAACAGCUUCCUCUCUAAAGCCAAAGCGAAACGCGAAGCCAAAGCGGCCGCGCAAUCCGAAGCAGCGCCAACUAUCGCAUCCGAUCCCGAAGAAAACGAGGAGCAGGAGCAGGAGCAGGAGCAGGAACAGGAACAAGAGCAGGAGCAAGAACAAAAGCAUGAGCCAGAGUCACCCCGGCCCCAACAGCAAGUUUUCGUUGAAAUUCCUACUCCAGAGCGCCGUGCGUUGGAAGCUCUUGAUGCAAACGCAAGCUCGCCGUCGCCCCAAAAGUCACCAUCCAAAUCUACUGGAAGAGAUGGGGUUACAGACGAGAAUGGCUCUGCUAGUCCAGUUGCCCGUCGAAGUACGCGAGUUAGGUCGCUCCAGCGAGCGGCCGCCCCGAACAGUGUUCGGCCCACGCUCUCGCUCCGUCGAGCAAAAGGAAAUGAAUUCGUCUUCCUCCAACGAACGGAGGCGCAGGAACUGGCGUUGGUGACUCGCCGCAACACAAAACAGAACAAGGGCGACUCGGUGCUACCGAAAUACACGCUCCAGACCUUGACUCGAGAAACCCCAGACUCGAGCCCUAGUAGCUCCGACGACAAUGGCCGUAAAAAGAACAGCAAACCCAAGAAAGCAGUCUCCUGGAACGACAACCGCCUCGUGGAGUUCGAGGGCGAGUCGAGUGACGACGAACUCGCGACAGCAACGGCCACGACGGCAAAGCCCGCACCGAAAAAAAGGGCAGCCAGUAGCCGCACUUCUCAGUCGCAAUCGUCGCUCAAGACUGGUGGUGAAAAGGAUGCAGCUGCAGCCACUACUGCAUCUCCUAGUGCAGUGCCUCGGGGCCGACGUGUGCGGCGGCUAGGACCACCCAAACCACUCACCUCCGCCACGAUUGACUCGCACGACGCAGCGUCAUCGCCGCUGUCGCCCACCACUGGAAGCCCCAUUGCGAAGCGAACGAAGCUAACGCCCAAGUCGCCGAAAACAUCUAUGACCAGGACGCCAUCAAAGGUUCCUACUCCUGUCGGGAGCAGCACCAGUAACAACGAGGUACCCUCGUUGCUGAGUGGAGGUCGUUCGGUGAAAACGAAUCUGCUCAAGGUGAACGCGGGUUCGACACCGAUGCCGAGACGAGUUCGCCGAGCUUAG